AUGGAACAUCUUGGUCCUGAAGCCUUCCCUGGUGAAGAAUGGGGUUGGUUUGGCAGAACUCUUGCCAUCGAAGAGCUUGAUUACUCAUCACAAUUAUUUGGUGAAAGCCCACUUGAUGAUGGGAACAUUGGAAUACAAUCCAUGUUUUGGUCCACCCCUGAAGCUGGGGGAAGUGAGAGUAUGUUUUACUCUUUUGAUGCUCACAACUCUAAUUUGCAGUAUAUUUCUCAAAGUAACAAUUGCCGUGACCCUACAAACUACCAUUUCGGUUAUCUUGAUCAAGUGCUGACAAAUAGUACAUGUACAUCCAUGGAUUUUUGCAUGAUGAAUGAGAAAAACCCUGUCUCUAAUUUCUCUUUUGUUCAAUCACUCACUGACAUUGAAAUGAAAGAGAAUGUCAAAUUGACUGAAGAUGAGAGAAGUGAUAAAUCAGAGAAUUCUGAUUACUGUACAGUGGAAUCAAUGUUUUUCUCUUCCAAGCAAUUGCAGCUCAAGAGGAAACUUGAUGUGCCAGAAUUGGAGGUGUCUAUAGAAGAUAAAAUAAACACAAACUCAUCAUAUGGGAAUGGUGCAAAGAUGCAUGAAGAUAAUGCUUCUCAGGAAAACAGUGGUGGAGAUAUUUCAGCAUCUAAAUCACCUGCGGCUCUCAACAAAAGAGCUAGAAGGGAAUCAGCAACAGACCCUCAGAGCCUUUAUGCAAGGAAAAGAAGAGAGAGAAUAAAUGAGAGACUAAGAAUUCUACAGAAUCUUGUACCAAAUGGAACAAAGGUUGAUAUAAGCACAAUGCUUGAAGAGGCAGUCCAUUACGUUAAAUUUUUGCAGCUCCAGAUCAAGCUUCUAAGCUCUGAUGAUUUGUGGAUGUACGCUCCGAUUGCUUAUAAUGAACUUGACAGUGGACUUAAUCUCAUCCAGAAGAUUUCUCCACCUCUAUGA